CCACCACAGUACUGUAUUCAUUUCACCUCCGCUCCGCCUCACUCACUUCUGCUCCAACCCAAAGAGGAAAAGGGUCCCAUCUACAGCGCGAGGCUUGUUUACAUUCCAACCCAUUCCAUUUACCCAUUUUUGUAUCCGAAGUCGACUUUGAAAACAUAAAGGAUGUCACUGUACCCAUCCUUAGAGGACCUUAAGGUGGACAAGGUCAUGAGGGCACAGUCCCAGUUUGCUACUGCCACCUCCAGUACCCCAGCCAUCACUCAGGGGGAAUACCAGCCACAGCCUGCCACACAGGGGAUGCCAAGCUCAAGUCUUUAUCCAAAUCUAGAGGAGCUGGGAGAUUACAUGGGCCUCAGCCUGAACAGUGAUGAGCUUCAGAGAAACCUUGCACUUGUCCCAGUGGCCACCAAUAAUCAGGUGGCUGUACCAUCAGGUGUGGGUGGCAUGGUGCGACCUGUGACCGGUCUAGAUGUGGGUAUCAGGAGGGCAGAAAUUCGUCCAGGUUUGCGAGAGGUCAUCCUCUGCAAAGACCAAGACGGGAAGGUCGGACUCCGCCUCAAAGAUAUUGAUAAUGGAGUGUUUGUCCAGCUGGUCCAGGCGAACUCUCCUGCAGCAUUGGCUGGCCUUCGAUUUGGAGAUCAGGUUUUGCAGAUUAAUGGUCAGAACUGUGCUGGCUGGAGCUCAGACAAAUCCCACAAAGCGCUGAAGGCUUCGAGUGCACAGCGCAUCGAACUCAUUGUUCGGGACAGACCAUUCCAGCGCACAGUCACCAUGCACAAAGACAGCUCCGGCCACGUGGGCUUCAUCUUUAAAAAUGGACGCAUCACGUCUCUAGUGAAAGAUGGUUCUGCCGCUCGCAACGGCCUGCUCACCGAGCACAACAUCUGUGAGAUCAACGGCCAGAAUGUCAUCGGACUCAAGGACACUCAGAUUAAGGAUAUCCUGAACGCAUCUCCCACUGCCAUGACCAUCACCAUCAUGCCUAAGUUCAUCUACGAACACAUGAUCAAGAGGAUGUCCGGUGGCCUGCUGAAGUCAUUAAUGGAUCACUCUGUGCCUGAGGUCUGAACACAAGAUACUGACCACACACAGACAUACCCUUCAGCAAUGCCUACAAUCUUUAGCCUUCCCAUUGGAGCUUUCCACUAUUGAUGGGAAAAAUCUCUUCAAUCACAUUCAUUUAUAACAUGUAAAUGGCCUUUUUUCUAUUUCAGUUGUUGGAUGUUAUUGCCUUUAAAGCCUUGUUUCUGUUCUUCAUGUUUGUUGCCAUUCUUUUAUUGUUGUCAUGUCACAUGUUAUGUACUGUAGUAAUAAUCCAUUAUAUCCAUUGUUGUUGUGCAUUAUUAUCCGAUUGGUCAACUUCGCUCGGAGGGUUAAAACUUAGCGAGAUCUUCCAUUUUAAAACGCUUUGAUGUAAACACUCCAAACAUUAUUAAUCCUCCCACUAUGCAUAAAAUUCAGCCAAAACAUUGAUAUGCCAAGACAGCUGUAACCUGCCCGAAUAAAUCCUUGGCCAGAAUUUGUAAUCCAAGACAUUUCUUACUGAUUUUGAGUUUAUGUUUUUAGGUGUUCAUUUUUAAUUUUCGCUGUCAUUAUCCUGUAAAUGUUAGUUUCUCUAAAAUUUAUAUACAAAUGUAGACUGAAAUUAUUACAAAAAUAAAUAAUCAUCCUGGUUAUACAAA